GGGAAGGGUACAAGGAGCCCACAUUACCUUUACCAGUUAGUAUGUAUCUAGUAAGAAAGAGAGUCCAUGCAUUCCUGCGAGUCAAGCCAACAGCUAAUUUUGCUCAAGAUAUGAUCAAGUUUGGGCCAGAUAACAAGAGCAUAGAGAUUUGCCUCAAAAAAGAUGCCAAGAAAGAAGCUAUGAAUAACAGCCAGACCAGCUGGAGCUUUAGGAUGGAUGGUGUCCUUCACAACACCUCCCAGGAACAGCUUUAUGAGACAGUGGCAAAAAAAUUGGUGUCCGAAGCUUUAAUUGGCUAUAAUGGCACGAUAAUGUGCUAUGGGCAAACAGGGGCUGGUAAAACUUACACCAUGAUGGGAACAACUGCUGAUUACAAGCAUCGAGGAAUCAUACCACGAGCUAUACAGCAGGUCUUCAAAGCAACUGCGCAAUCCACUGAUCCACUCAUCACUGUCCGAAUAUCCUAUCUGGAAAUCUACAAUGAGUGCUUGUUUGACCUUCUGUCCACCGUGACAAGCAACGGGAGCGGUGGCAUGCAGAUGGCUAUUGUGGAUUCCCCAGAAGGGGUUUAUGUGAAGGGCUUAUCUAUACAUAAAGUUAGCCUCGAGGAAGAUGCUCUAAGUCUCCUUUUUGAGGGUGAGAACAAAAGAGUGAUAGCAGAGCAUGCACUGAAUAAGCAUUCGUCCAGGUCCCAUUGCAUCUUUACUAUUUACAUUGAGUCUCGUUUCAGAUUUUUCUCAGACGUCAAAUGUGUUAACUCCAAAAUCAACUUCAUAGAUCUGGCAGGCUCAGAGAGACUGAGCAAGUCUGGAUCUGAAGGACAGCUUUUGAAGGAAGCCACGUACAUCAACAAGUCUCUGUCGUUCCUGGAGCAAGUCAUCACUGCCCUGGCUGAUCCUAAGAGGGACCACAUCCCCUUCCGGCAGAGCAAGCUCACUUACAUCCUCAAGGACUCCCUGGGGAGAAACUGCAAUACUGUCCUAGUGGCAAAUGUCUGUGGGGAAGCUGCACAUGUGGAACAUACUUUGUCUUCUCUUCGGUUUGCUAACAGAAUAAAAUGGGUCACGACAGAGCCAGUCCUCAAUGAGACGUAUGACCGAGAGGGGACAGUGAAGGCUUUGGAGAAGGAGAUUGCUUUUCUGAAGCAGGAACUGGCCAUACACGACAGCUUGGCAAAUCGUUCUUCGGUGACUUAUGACCCUCUGUCUCACGUCCAGAUAGAAGAGAUUAAGUCUCAAGUCCAUAGAUACCUAAAAGGAGCCAUUGAUGAAAUUGAUGUAGUGAACCUCAGGCAAAUCCAGGAGGUAUUCAAGCAGUUCAAACUGAUUUUAAGUCAACAGGAGUGUGAAGUGGAGGCGAGAUUACGAAGCAAGUACGCUCUGAUAGACAAAAAUGACUUUGUUACUAUUGCUGCUCUUCAUAAGGCAGGUGUAUUUGAUGUGGAUGGCCAUUUGGUGCAUGAAGACGAUGAGCAGGCUUUUGACACUAGCGCUGCUCCUUCACCCAGACGUGGUAGGAAGAAGAAAUCCAGGAGGAAUGGUGAGACAUUCAGGAAGGAAGGAACGAGGAGCAAUCUUUCUUGGAAAGAUGUGGAAGGGGAUUUACCAUCAAAAAGUCAGGUAGUGCCUUCCACCAAGGAUUUGGAUGGGAAAGAGGUACCAAGGGACCAGGGUACAGCAAAUAUUGAUGCAGAGCUCUCAAAGCCACCUCCUGUGGAGGAUUCCCAGCAGCCCAGCUCCCCUCCGCCCAAGCCAGCAGCAUUUGAGAUGUUUAAGGAGGAGCAUGGAAGUGAGAUCAACCGGAUCUUUAAAGAGAACAAAUGCAUCCUACUUGACAGGAAAAAGAGAAGACAUACAGUAACACAGAAGAUCAACUCCAUCAAGGUUGAGAUGGAGAGCAUCGAAAAGGCUCUGGAGGAUCAGCAGCAGGAGCGGUGGCAGCAGGGAGAGUAUGUUGAUGAGAAAGGACACACCAUAAUUGAUGAGAAUGAGUUUUUACUCAUCAGGAAGCUGAAGGAGCUGAAGGAAGAGUACAGGUCUAGUUAUGCUGAACUGCAGGACCUGAAGGCAGAAAUCGAGUACUGCCAGGAUCUGGUGAACAAAUGCCGGAAAAAACUCAUCUCAGAGUUUGAGAUCUGGUACAACGAGUCCUUCCUUAUCCCCAAGGAUGUGCAGGAAGCUCUGAAGCCCGGUGGCAACAUCAGACCUGGAAUGAUUCCCAUAAACAGAGUCAUGUGCCUGGAGGAAGACGUUCAGGAGAGGUUUAAGCAGAUGCAGGAGACAACGCUGCCGGCCUGCCCAGCUUCAGUCCCCUUCUACAAGGCGAAAAUGAGGACUGAUCAAAAGCACGCUUACAACAAAACCAUGUCAUCCCUACAGCAAAUGCGCAAGAAACCGGGGCUCAUCCCAGCUGCUGGGAAGAAUAAAACCAUGUCGUUUCCGCACGUCACAUAGCAGAUUUGGGCUCAGCCUGGAACCCAUAAGCAACACCAGCUCAAAAGAUGCCUCAUGUUCAUACCCAAAUAGAUUUAUGAACAAUAAACAGUAGGAAAAACAACAUCAUCUAACUUUUAUGCAGCUAGACUGACAGUUAUUGGUAAUUGAACCCCUGUUUAGACAGGCAGCAAGCCAGGGGUUCAAACAGCAACGCUUGUUUAUGACACCCUCCCCACCCCAGUGCAGCAGGACUAGGGCAUUUUUUGCCUACCACUUUCCAGGAAGGUGAUUCAGAUUCAGGGUGAGAUCAUGGUGCCCAGCAACUGGAAAGCUCCAGGGGAUACUGUGCUGCUUAACCAGGCUACUGUUAUCUUUGCCCAUGAAGCAGAGUGUGCUGAAGGCCUGCUGGAAGUCCUCUUCUUCCUCAGAAGAGGUGGGAGGCUGCUUCCAGCUCGGCACAUGGCAGGGGAGUCUGUGUACCAAAUAUCCAGCCAAAAGAAUCUCAUCUUCUCCUACUGCUGCCAACAGGCAGCCGUCGG